AAGAAACCGUGGACAAGAUACAGUAGAUCAUGCCAGGUAGCUAUGACGACAUCAAAUUUUGCUAAAAUCGUGCCUGUACGAGUACGAAAGAUUGACAAUGAUGAAGACCAUUCUGCUCCUGUUCCUCUUCGUCUCCCUUCUCAAGAGUCUCCACCCAGCAACCAGCAACCCAGCAACUAGCUAGCCCUGGACCCUGCACCGAAUGCGAAAGAUCCUGAAACAUCCUGCGUCUUCAUCAACAGAAUUCCUCCUUGCCUUCUUUUCACACGUAGCUGUUGUGCUGUUGUGGUGCGGACCAUGGGAUUUAUAACUGAAACAUCCACAGUAAAUCCCAAAGAUCGGUAAAACCUCCCUUCGGACAUUGAGAAGCAAUAACUAAUAGUUGAAGAUUCCAGACAUCUUCUGCUUGACUAACCGGUACUUGAACAGGUACCGGUACCGGUACUAGUACCACGCCUAAACUUCGACACCACGACACCUCAAUCUGCGUGGGAAUCUUUGGUCUGAUUGUUGCUACUAAAGAGGGCGUAAUAUCGAUAGGUGUUGCCAAGGUUGACUGCUGCGCUGAUAAAAGCAUCAUACUGCGAGAAUUCGAGAAUUCCCCCCCCUUCUCGUCUCCAUCCGCCCAACAAAACAACGAUGUUGCUCUUGUUGCUGUUGUUACCACUACUAAUCCAUGAGGCAAAGACCUUUGACUUUCCUCCUCGCAUCCAUUUGCGUGUGGGGUUCGUUCCGGAUGCUCCCUUUGUCAUGUACGAUGAGAAUGGCGGUACUAGUAGUAAGUACAGCGGCCUGCUAUACGACUUUUUGCAUCGACUACCCAUCUUUGCUGCCGCCGACGGUGUCGAGUUGGAAUUUGAGAUUGGUGAGACGCCCCACACGUUUACAGGUGCCUUCGACAUGGUCUCCAACGAUUGCAACAGCACCUCUUUGAACCAGGACGAGUUUGGGUGUGAUGAGCUGGAUCUGGUCGUGGCCACGACGGUGGCCAAUCCCAGUCGAGUCAUGAGGGCCCACCUCUCCCCUUCCAUUCUCAAGGCUGCCAUUUCCACCAUGAAGUACGUUCCAGCUUUGGAGGAUGAGGACAGUAGUGGUGGGCCUUUGGCGGAUGUCACCACACUAACCCAAGCCACGACAGCUAACGCUACGGUCUGCGUCAAGGAUGGAUCUUACACGGCGUUCAUCUUUCCAAAGGAGUUUCCACUCCUAAACUACCACCUCUGCCAGAAUGGUAUAGAUGGCUGUGUCGAGGAUCUCAAGGCGCAAGUUUGUGCUCUCUUUGUGGCACCUCAAUACGAGCUCAUGUACAAGGCUGCCUGGGAUGAAGACUCCCAAGGCAAGCUACAGGUAACUGGAGAACAGUACUUGGCACAGUUUGUCUCAUGGCCCAUGCGAGAAGACUUGCCACUCUUGGUGCGAAGAGGUGUGGAUCGGUGGAUCCUACAAGCGAUUGCCAACGCAACCAUGGAUGAAUUGUUCUCGCACUAUUUCCAAAAGGCACUCUGUCCUAUUGGGACUUCCGGGACCAAUUGUGAGUUGUUCUGCGAUCCCGAUCAUGGGCAGAGCAACAAUCAAGGCAUUUGUGUCUGUCACUCUACAAAGUGGACCGGGGAGGACUGCAGCAUCGAAGUCCCUGAAGACAAGAAUGCUAUCCCAGAAACCUUCCAGAACAUUGCCAUUUGUUUGAUGACCAUCAACGGAGUUGUCAUUGUAGGCUGUGCCAUUUGGCUCUACUAUUUUCGGAACACAGCUCAAGUGCGCUAUUCACAGCCUUUCUUUCUCCUCCUAGUGCUCUUCGGGUGCCUCGUCUCGAGUAGCACCAUUGCAGCUUUGAUGCAACAAGACCACAACACUACUCCCAAGUGCAUGGCUGGUGUAUGGCUGUACAGCGUCGGGUUCGCCAUUACAUUCGGUACUCUCAUGGCGAAGGUGCUUCGGGUAUACAUGUUGUUUGCCACGGGAACCCGAGACAAGAGGACACGUACCAACACAGAUUCACCACGCUUCAGUUUUGUCUCUUUUCAAGAUACGCUCUUGGUCAUUGGGAUGGUCCUCUCCAUUGAUAUUGCCAUCUUGCUGGCGUGGCAAUUCACUGAUCCACUAGCCUGGACGAGGACCAUCAUCAGGGCCGAUCAGUUUGGGGAGCCGCUCGAGAGUGAAGGUUACUGUACCUGUGACUCUUGGAAGUUGUUCGGUGGCUUGAUUGCUUCGUUUCAUAUCAUCUUGAUGGCCACAGCUUGCUAUCUGAGUUAUCUCUCCAGAGAGAUUCCUUCCCGAUUCAGUGUUUCCAGAAUGGUAUCCAUCGCCAUGGUGUCGAAUUUCCAAAUCUUUGUCGUGGGGGUACCCGUACUCGUUUUGUUGGGUACAGAUCCACAAGCAUCUUUCCUGUUGAGGAGUUUGAUGAUCUUCGUCAACGACCUGGGAGUAGUCUUGCUGAUCUUCGGAAACUUGGUUUAUAGUUUACACUUUGCCGACAAGGCAUCUCAAAGUGCAGCGAGCGUCAAGGAGGAGCUCGGCGUUGCUGUGCGACGAUUCAGCGCGGCCACCACGAGCUCUCCCUCGGUACGAAAUCGCUCGAACAACGGAUACUCUCCAUCUGCUUAUGCAAAGUCCUUGCAACGAAAGACUGCACAUCCAGACAAGCUCAAGGAACACGAGGAUGAGUCCCAAUACAGCGACGACGACCAACAUCCGGUGCCUCAACCUCCUCAAAUGUUGUCGGAUUCGCCAAACUCUCCGGCGACGAGUGCAGAAGAGCAGUCCCAGACAGCGUAUCCUGUCAUUGGCGUUCCUCGAAAUCUCGAAGAGCACACUUCAUCCGUUACAUUGGGCCAAUUCGAGGAGGCAGAGGCGGGACCAGAAGAAACGUCACCAUGGCACAGAGCAACACUUCCGUUCCACCGCUUUUUCACAGGGCAGGUGCAGUCUGCACCAAAAGCUGUCAAUCGACCUGUCAGUGAGAGCUCAAAGACUCCAAACAGCGCGACUAGGGAACCGACGCACGUAGUCAUCAAUGCCCACGUCGCUCCAACUCGAUCAAACCUGAUGUCGUCCAUCACACUCGGUGAUCUCGCGGAAGAAGAUGGCGAGGGAUCCACGCAGCCAGAGCUAGACGGCAAACCAUUGAACCGAACUGGACCAAGAUACCCUCUCUCUCGGUUCUUCACAGGGCCAGCGCAAGCUGCACCCAGAGCUCUCCAACGACCCGUUAGUGAGAUUAGUUCCGGACUAAACAGUUCCACCCGUGGUUUCUCACCUGGUUCCAGCCACGGUCCCGUCAUGCCACGGCGACAAGCCUCGGAACUCGAAGACAGUCGGGAGUUCUCAGUUCCCAAAGGUUUGAUCAUGCCUCUACGAAAGGUAUCCGAAGUGGAGUAUUUGCAACCUCCGAGCAAAGCUGCUGGUCUCACGAUGCCUCAAAGGACGAUAUCAGAAGUAGUUGUCGACAAUGAAGAGCAAGAAGCUUUGUCGCCAACGCAGGAUCAUUUGUCGUCUGUCGAAGAGGAUGGCGAAAGCGAGUGGAAUACUCCCGGGUCGCGGAGGCAUUCCAAUGUCAGACAGUCCGAGGGCGCCCCACAGAUGCCACCUAGACGGCCUUCCUUGUAAGGGGGAUUUUGAAUUGCUACUACAAGAGCAAAUUUGGUUUUGUGCAUGUCCAGAAAAAAUGCAUGUAUGUAGCGUACAGUAUCCAUUUCAACUUUGUAUAUUAUUGUGUCAAGCUCCCAAAUCGGCCUCCUACUAGAAUCUGAUUAGUCUUUGUCGGGAAUUCGUUGGCACCGAGAUCAAGGGAAGAUUCGUGUUAUGAUUGAAGCGCAUUCUCCCCUUCUCCCACCAGAAUACUUGUGAUUGCCGCCCCUAGCAAACAUGUAAAUUCAAAAAUUCGUCCUGACCACAGUGCACCCCCAACUUCUCAACGGCAUGAAUUUACUUCGCGAUCAAAAAGAGUUUUGUCUCAUUGAUCUGGUUGCUCCAGUGGACAGGUAUUGGUGAGCCAUUGCUCUUUCCUUUCAUCUGAGGGCCUGUAAUCUCAUCUCCUACUAGGCGGGAGCAUAGUUUCGUCUGGCGAAAUGGUUGUGCUUUUCUCAGACAAUGGCUCCUUGAGAGGCACUUGUUCCUCCCUCAAACCUUGCUGUAUUAAUGCCACCUGUUCUCCGACAGUCUUCACCAAACCACUUAGUGGAUAUGACGAUUUGCGUUCCUCAUGGUUGCUGCUGCUGUCCGACAGCUCCAUUGCAUUCGUGUUCAUUGCAUCAUGAUCGUUGUUGUUGGUGCUUGCUUCUUCAUCAUAAAACGACGGAGACCCUGAAAUGCGUUGGGCUGGAGUUGCCUUGUUUUUAUCAUCUUCGGGUAUUAUCUCAUGGCCAGACAAAACGGUCCCCUGAUGUCCUGGAUUUGUACAUGUGCUUUCGUUGUUUGGUUGAGAAUAAACAUUGAGAAACGACAAUUGCCGGAUCGAAGAGAGAAGAGUCGCGCGGGUGGAUUUUCGGGUACUAUCGCUGGUGGAGUUGUUUCCACUGGAUUGGACUGACUUUUGCAAAUGUGCUGUUUUGCGCGUGGUGGGUGCCGGUCUGCCAGAGAGCACCUGUCGAUACGCCCAGAACCAUGAUUGGUCCGGAUUGGCAUCUUUCCAUCGCAGUAGUCUCGGGCGUGUGUAUAUCAUGGCAUUCCAGAAUCCCUGCAGGGGAAAGAAAAUAUAAAUGACAAUCAGUGGCCAGGCAAUGUUGGGAUCGUCAUAGAGCCCAAAGAACGCUGAGAAAAAGCUGACGGCAAAGGCGGAUGUGUAGCAAAUGGCCUGAUUGCGGACCGCCUGUAUUCUCUUGAGUUGUGUUUCGGAUAUUGGAUUGUGGACAUUGCUGUUGUGACUGACAUUGCCGCGGAGUAGUUGCUGGCGUACCGUCAAGUAGACCCGUACAGUGGCCCAAAUUCCCGUCAAGGCGCCAAUCACCAUGGUGGCCAACUGGAACAACCCCAAAAUUCUUGUCGCCAGUCCACUUCGUUCACACUCAAUGUUCUCCUCUUCCAAACAAUUGCCUGGAAAGGGAUUUCCAAUGUCACAGAUUCCAACGUAGGGCAAUGGAUUGAUUCCCUGGACCGAUACUGCUACGAUUCCAAAGACAAGUGGCACCGAGAUCACCAACACAUGACAGUACGGUUCCAUGGCCUUUGAAAUUUGUUGUUCUUGCAGCCCGUGUUUGACCGUGAGCAAAAAGUAAAUACUCAGGGUGGCAUUGUAGAUUGUGGAUCCCAACCAUGCUUGAUAGAAAAAGCCGGCGGCAGUACAACUCUGGGCAUUUCCUACCGCAAAAAAGAGUCCAAUAUCGGAUCGAUUGGCAAAUGGCAUGGAUGCCGUGGCGGCGGUCAUGAUGAAGUCCAUAAUGCUCAAGCCCAUCACAAUGCGGUGGUAAAGCUGAUCCAGCUUGCGGUUGACAAUCACAAUGUAGAUGAUCGACAGAGAACCCAGAAUCGACAAGGAGCAAGAUGUCAGCGCCACUGCCACGCUCGCCGUAUAUUGAGACUUGGACAAGCCAAGAUACACAAACUCAUCGUCGUCGGCUGCGCUAGUAGUGGUCUCGUUGCUCAUUGUAGCUACUAGAGAGUGGGUAGACUACAAUACGAUACGAAAGCAUUCGCUGGCUUGUGAUGAGAGACCAAUAGCGUGAGGUUUCCUCCCAUGGUGACAACUAAUGUAUCUGGUACCGGUAAGUCCACUGGUACCAUCAAGAAGCUCAUCAAGACAAGAAGAGAUGCCGUCUCGGAGGCGCUAAAGCGCAUGGUUACUGGUACCACAUGUACCCUUACCGGUUAACGUCAAGGAUCAUUCAUUAACUCUUUGGUACAUGUACUUCCGUCGCGCUUUACAGCUAAAUGAAAGAAAAACUCGAGUUUUGGUUCAACAUCUCAACAGCUCAGCUGUCUAACAUUUGGACACAUGCUUUUUUUGGAAACUUGAAGAGAAGGAGAUGAUGCACCUCAUCAAAAACCACCUUCUGUCGCAAUACUAAAUGCAGUAGUCUAG